CAGGUGCAGCAGAAACCUGCACCUCCUGCUGCUCUCAGAGACACAGCCGAGAGUUUCUGCUGAAACAGAGAAGAGUGGAGGAGCUGCAGACCUCAGGUCUGCUGGGUGGAUCGUUUCAGCAGCUGCUGCACAUUUUGGAGUCUCAUCAGCUCAGAGGAAAACUUUGGGAUUAUUUCAGUCUUUAAAAUAAGAAGACAGGGAGAAUCAUCAUCACCUGAGGGGGCGAGAAGAAACACCAGCGGAGGAAAAAAAGAGCAGAAGAAGUGCCAGUGUGCACGUUUGUGCAAAGGUUUAAUCAUCUGGAAGAAAAGCUUUCAUGAGUUGAGCCUGGCUGGAGGCUUUUGUCAUGGCAGCCGGCUGCAGAGCUUCCUGAGCGUCGACACAACAGUUUAACGUCAGACCUGGAGCUGCGCUUUAGUGUUUCAGUGAGAACAACAGGAACGCAAACGCACUGGUAUCAUCGUGAGAAGUGCAGCGACGCUCGAACAGCUGCUGCUCAAACACGUUUGUGGGAGAAGCUCCAGCAGGCGCUCUGUGAGUGACGAUGGUCUGCAGGGCAGCAGAGCUUCAGCACCUGUUGCAUCGAUGGAUGCAGACCUGCUGCGAGCUCCAGGCACGUCCAGCUGAAGCAGAAUUGAUUUCUUGAUGAGUCUGUUGUUUGUAUCAGUCAUCACUGCUGAAGAAAAAGGAAGAUUUCAGCUUAAAUGUGUUGCUCAGUUAUAAACUUGAUCCACACUGUGAUGUAUCGGCCGCCUCCAGAGUGAUGAAUGGCUGUGCUCUGCUCCUCGCAUCAAAAUGAACUUUAUGCUUGGUGAACAGUUCUAGCGAUGCAACUUCUUCCAGCUUCCUUGGAUUUCCUUCGAAUAUCAAUCAGGGACAUUUUUCAGCUCGACAGCGAGACGACCACAAGAGCUGCCGACGCCACGAGGAGGUGACGCGAGGACAGUGGAGACGCAGAUCUGUGGGGCUGAGCGAGUGUGCGUGCAGAUGCCACACGGCGCUGCAGACGAGCUCGGACGCCCGUGUCACGCAGCUCGAAGGCGACUCCUCGGAUUUCUCUCGCUGACUCUGUGAGUGGAAAAUAAAUCAGCAGGUUGGAUAUGAAACAACACAGCGGCAUCGAGCACAAACAAAGCUUCAGAUCGUUCCUGCAGAGCUGGGCUGUGUGUCUGUGAUGAGCACAGACUGUCGUGUCGUUUUCAGGCUCUUUCAGGACAAACUGGUGGGUCACUGAGUGUCCAGCGACGCUCUGGACCUGACAUCACAGAAGAGCAACGCUCUGAAAGGAGGCCGGCGAACACCUGCUUCUUGUUUUCGGACUGGAACAUGGCAGUGACACAGAGUUUCUCUCGCUUACGAGAGACGAUCUGAACUUUUAAAGGGAACAUUCAACAUUACGAAAUAUUCGGAUGUUUCAGAAUCUGUUCCUAGCUGAAUAUUCAGAGGACGCUUUGAGGAUCGUUUCUGACUGACGGCGCCCUGCAGCAUCCACCGCCAUGCUCCCAGGAGGGCUGGGGUCCGGCGGAGGGGGUCGUGGCGGCGGCGGCCUGUGCCUGCUCCGGUGGCUGGGCCUCAGGCUGUGGUCUCGUCGGGGGACACUGGUCUUCGCUCUGCUCUGGUUCGGGUCCUGGUUGUUCCUGAACGGCCUGGUUCUGGUCCACAGGACCAUCCUGUCUGACUUCUGCACCGACGACAAGAGCAAGAGGAUCCUACAGAGACUGUGUCUGGAGUUCAGCGAGGGCUCGGUGACGGGCGACAUGUGCGAGGACCUGUGCGUGCUCGGCCUGGUCGAGUACAAACGCUGCCUCUACUACGAGAACGGGAAGAAGGUGAUCGAGGCGCGCUGGAGAGGAAGCCCCAUCAUCCUCAAGUCCAAGCUGGAGAACUUCUCCUCCUACGAGCCUCUGGGAAUUCUGGACUACCAGGACGCAGCCGAAGAGCUCUCCCCGCUCGAUGUCGUCUUUUACGCCACUCUGGAGGUACGAAACUCCCUGGGGCUGGCUGAGGAGACGGAGGAUGCAGACAGAGGAGGAGGAGUGAACAACAGCUCCCUGGCCAGACUUUUGGGCAAAAAGCUGAAAAACAGAGAGAUGAGUUACUCAAGAGCGGAGCUGGCCUCGCUCUGGGCCUUACUGCAGCAGGAGGAGUACACCUUCCUCAGAGUCCUGCAGGACCUCAGCACCCACGUGGCCAAGGUGCUGGGCUCCUGUGGUCACUUCUACGCUGUGGAGUACCUCUCAGCCGGGCACGCCUGGGACCAGAACAUCUUUUCCCUGGAUGACGUGGCCAUUUCUGAGGUUCAGGAUCAGGGUGAAGGCGGAGACCGAGCCAGGUGGAAGGCCCGAGAGAUGAUGCACCGCAUCGCGCUGAGCUUCCUGGACAUGGUGUGGCACUUUGACAAUGAUUUCACCCACAAGCUACACCUCUGCGACAUCAAACCGGAGAACUUUGCCAUCAGGAAGGACCUCACGGUAAGUCCUCAGGUGGUGGCGAUCGACGUGGACAUGGCGUUCUUCGAGCCGAAGAUGAGGGACAUCCUGGAACAGAACUGCAGCAGCGACGACGACUGCAACUUCUUCGACUGCUCGUCCAGGUGUAACCUGAGCAAACGCAGGUGCAGCCCGCGCCGCAGCAACAGCAACCUGCAGGUGAUCUGUGAGAAGAUUUUUAGACCGUGGUUUUCUCCCACGCUGCUUGGGGCCAAAGCAGCGCUCCCUCUGCAGGUGGAGCUGCAGCGAGCUCUGCAGGAGUGUUCAGCGACUGAAGGGGGCGUGGAGGAGUCAGAGGAGGAUGGAGGUGGUGGUGGUGGAGGAGGAGGAGGCAGGGGUGUCCAUCAGCGCCUCUUCAGUGUCCUGAAGCGCCUCAUCCAGGAGGGAGGGGCUUCAGAUGAAAGCGGAGAGGCAUGGGAGGGAAAAGGCCACGCCCACACUGCGCUGAACUUUUGAGCUGUAAUGAGAAGGUCGAUGUGGGCGGAGCAUCUCAGAAAACCAGAGAAUGUUUUAAAACUAUCAACGGGUCUCUUCAUGGCCAGAGAGCCCAGGUAAGACUGGCCACUCACUGAUGGGAAAAGACUCAUCCACUGGCACAUUUUGGGUCCAGAACCACAGUUUGAGCCACUCUGAGUGUAAGUGACUCCGUCAGCAGGUCCUAUCUCAAAGAGACACAGCAGUGAGACUUUUGGCCUCAGUGUGCAUCGAACUCUAUCACAAUGAACAGUUUUAGACACACACACACAAAAGUCACGGUGUUCUCGCUGCCAGUGACGGACGUUUCAUCCUACCCAGUUUGUAAAAUUUAACCAGAACUUAAGGUGGAGUUCAGGAAAGGUCCACCUUUGCCUCCAACAAAGAGAACUUUGACCUAAGAACUGGUUUGCUGUGGAACGACUUGAGCUGCAUCCAUCACCUUUAGCUCACGAGUGUCCAGGUGCUCGUCUGGGAACGUCUGAUUGGGUCACAGCGAGCGUGGAAACAUUCAGCGACGUCUCACGUGUCUUCUCGUCACAGAACCAGGGAUCCAGUGUGGGCAGAUCCUCGCAGAUUUAUUAUCCUUUUACGUAACUGGUUAGUCUCAGUGAGAUUUUUCAAAAGAAGCUCUCUCAUUUGAAGAGAAACUGUAGAAAAUAAAUGUGUUUGAAUGAUAAAUGCUGAGAUACAAUGUAACAUAUGACUAAUGAUGUUUGAUUCACAGCUGAAUGAACGACUCUUGGCCUCUUUUAAAGGUUUUUAAUUGUUAAUUUGACAUGUUUUUGUCCCGUUGUUGACUGUUUUCAGGUUCCAAAGACAGAUACCAAUAAAACAUAUAUCAUCCA